GACUUUACAAAAAGUCUGGAAAACUGGUUUUUCUUGGACUUGAUAAUGCAGGCAAAACAACACUUUUGCAUAUGCUUAAAGAUGAUCGAAUGGCCCAACAUGUUCCCACUCUUCAUCCAACAUCCGAAGAACUGUCACUUGGCGGAAUGAGGUUUACAACGUUUGACCUUGGUGGUCACAUUCAAGCUCGCCGUGUGUGGAAAGACUACUUUCCAGCUGUUGAUGCAAUUGUAUUUCUCGUUGAUGCCGCUGAUAUUGAGAGACUGGAUGAAGCUAGGGUGGAAUUGGAAGGAUUAAUGACGGAUGAACAAGUUGCGAACUGCCCUAUAUUAGUGCUGGGUAACAAAAUUGAUAAACCGAACGCCAUAUCUGAAGAUCAACUCAAGGCAUCCAUGAGCCUUUAUGGACUAGCAACUGGAAAAGGGAACAUCGCUAGAAGCGAGUUGUCGACAAGACCACUUGAAGUGUUUAUGUGUAGUGUGUUAAAACGUCAAGGCUAUGGAGAAGGAUUUCGGUGGUUAGCUCAGUAUAUCGACUAAAU